CAAUUGUAAUUAUGGAUCCAAAUCAUCUUUUUAUUCAGAGAGUUUGAAUAUGACACAUGCAUUUGAUUUCUCAUAUAAAACAAGCUAUAGCAAAAACAUACAUGUGAUGCACAAAGGAGAAUGUCCAAAGAAAGGAAUGAGAAUAAGCUAAUGCUUGAAAGGAAAACCUUUUCUCUAGCAUAUGCUUUGCUAGAUUGUUCUGAUUUCACAACUAAUAUAAACUUGCCGGAGGUUGCUUCCUUUCGAAAUUCUGACUACUUUUCAUUUCCCAAAUGGCUAAACAAGGAACAAAAACCUAUACUUACCCUCCUUCAUCAAACUUCAACCAUGCUCCUAACCACUAAACUUGACAAUCUUGAAUAAUGUGGCCUAAGAAGAGUGACAUGGAGGCAGGAGGUCUUAGACCAAUUCCAAUGGCGUUGGAAAGUCCAGAGCAGCUCUGGUUCUUCAUUCGUAAAGUUUAUUCAAUUAUAGCCAUACAAGUGCUUGUGACGGUUGCCGUGGCAGCUACAGUUAAUUUCGUUGGUCCUGUCACACACUUUCUUGUGCAUACUAAGGCCGGGUUGGCUCUCUACAUUGUCAUCAUCUUUAUUCCCUUCAUUGUUCUAUGUCCAUUAUACUACUAUUACCAGCUGCGUCCUGUAAAUUAUAUUCUCCUUGGGGUGUUUACUAUUGCACUCGGAUUUGUGGUUGGACUCACCUGUGCAUUCACCAGCGGAAAAGUUAUCCUGGAAUCUGCAACUCUUACCGCUGUAGCUGUGGUAAGUCUCACCCUGUACACGUUCUGGGCAGCAAGGAGAGGCCAUGAUUUCAGUUUCCUUGGGCCCUUCUUGUUUGGUGCCUUCAUUGCUGUUCUGCUGUUUGCUCUGAUUCAGAUUUUCUUCCCCCUGGGCAAGAUCUCUGUGAUGAUCUAUGGGUGCCUGGCAUCAAUCUUAUUUUGUGGAUACAUAAUAUACGACACGGACAACUUGAUUAAACGUUAUGCUUAUGAUGAGUACAUUUGGGCUGCAGUUUCUUUGUAUAUGGACAUCAUCAAUCUCUUCCUCUCUCUCUUAACUUUUUGCAGUGCCCAGGAAGGAUAGCUAAAGAAGAGGCCUAGCAACUGCAGAUUUCUAGCUUCAUGUAGGCUUAUUAAAAUACUGACGGUUCAGGGCUCCAGGAUGGACAAAAUACAGGAAUUCAUUUAUAGAUGAAUUCUAAAUUUCUAAUUCAUUUUAGC